UCGAAACAAGGGGUGGUAACAUAAUGGCACAGAAGUGGACCCCUUACACCAGCCUCACCCAGGCUCCCACCAACCUGAAGGAGGCCAUUGACUGGGUCCUGAGGGUAACUGGUAGGGAUGGUAAGAAGAAUGCGCCGGCGAAGCCGGCAACACCUCCCCAAUUCGGUUGCCUCUGCUUCUUGGCCAAGGCAGUGAAGGACCUACUGUAUGACGCCAGGUCCCCGGGGUCCCCUGGUCCCAGCCAACAGAGGUACUGGGACGACAUACUCCUAAAGGAGGAACUUACCAUAGCACAACCAGUGCUCACGGACCUGGGACUCCUUGGUGGCAGCACUAGUGCUGCCAGGGAUACCUGCGCCGGUGGCACCGAGGUUAUAAAGACACUGAUAGAGCAGUUGGCACUGGGACUGCAGAAGUGGGUUGGGUGGAAUGAUAAGGAAGAUGAGUGUUGUCUUAAGGGGGAUAAAGGAAUAGGAAAGGUGUGUGAAUGUCCUGGUACUGGUGGUGGUGGUGCUCAGUGUUGUAGUCCCGGUACUAGUGGUAGUGGUACUUGCCAAUGUGCCACUAAUCCGAAACAAUGCUGCUAUAAAUCAGCAUAUAACAAGACGGAAGCUCUAUGGACUGACAUAGUCAAUGGUACACCAGGUAGUACAACUACUACGACUAAUGACCCCUCUAAGGUCCACCUCCUGGCCCGUAUUUUCCUAGGGUCAGUAUGUCUCAUCUGGAGUGGACUCAGUCAGUUGGGAUGGUUGACCAAGGAUGGGAGUGGCAAGGAUAGGUGGAGCGAUAGUAAGCUGCACGAUAUCAGUAGUGAUCUUACCAAGGCUGGUCUCGGCUCAUUCAUGGCGGCCAUGGGCUAUGACCUGGAGAGGUUGAAUCAGGGAGGUACCGGGAAGAAGGGAACAUUUAUAAACGAAUUGUUGACAAAUAAAGAUAUGAAAUGGAACGAAUUCAAGAACGGUGUUGCUACUAAGGAUAGUGUAGCUGAGUACUACAGUAGUAUCUAUGAUAAGGCAAAGGAAGCUGGCAAGGGUACUAGUGAGAAAUUAUGUGAGCAGUACCCCCUAUUGGUACUCCACAUCCUGGCCAGUGGGUACUUCAGGGCAGGCAGUGCCGGGGCGAAGGGAGUGACUACCCCGGCGAAGCCAGCCCCUAGUGCUCCUAGGAAACCCAGGACCAUCCGGGAGAUCCUCUACUGGCUAAGUGCAUUGCCCUAUAGUCAGGGGUACAGGGCACUGGUGGAUAGGAUGCAUGAUAAGUAUCCCAGAAAAGAGACUAAUCCACAGGAAACAGUGGAUAAAAUAGAGAUCCAUGGACAAGAUGAUGGUGACAAGACAGACCUCAAGAAAGACUGUGUAACCCACUACCUAAUGGCCGCCUGUGGCUACUGCCCACUGGUACUCAUCGGUAUCCAGGGGACCAUAGAAAAGGAGGUAGAUAAGACGCCGGGAGGUGGUGGUGGAGGAGGAGGAAGUGGUAGCAGUAGUAGUACUACUACUGAUGACAAGAGGUGUCCCAAGCAUAAGGAAGACCCUAGUUCUAAGAGGUGUAAACUCGAGGAUAAAGACAAGACACAGGCAGCGACAGCUCCAGCAGCCGCACCGGCACCAGCAGGUUCCCCCGGAAAACUCAAGGAAGGCCAAGUCUGCUACAGGGGGUACCACCUGGAAGUCUCCAAGUUUGGCCCCCUACAUGGGAUGUACGCCAAUGGGCUCUUUGGCUUCCAGAUGGACAUUAGUCCCGCCCAGUGCCUGGACCAACUGAGGGUAUAUGUCUACCACUGCUUCUACCAGCUCUAUUUCCUGAGGAAGCAAUGCAUGGUGGGAGUGGAGAAUGGAAGUGUGCUGGGCUGGAAUAGUUGUAGGUAUGGUAGUGGAGUGAGUGGUUCGGGUGCUAAAAUAUGGAUAUGCGAAACAAAAGGUAGUAGUGGUGCUGGAGACCACACGAAGAAUUGUGGAUUACAGAGUGGUGCGGGUAGUACUAGCGUGUCAGCGUUACAGGGCUUCUUGUGUGACGCAAUAGGAACAAUGGCCUGCAAUCAAACCAUAGGAGUAGAUCUCAACAGCCGUAAACAAAGUUAUCCGGAUAUAGAAGAGCACAUGAACAAGAUUGUCACUCCUAGCGGUGAAGUUAAAGGGCCACACAAAGAGUAUCCAGAGUUAUGUCCCGUCCCUAUGGGAUGGGACAAAGACAAUCACUUCAAAGAUUUAACCCAGGGUACCCAUAAGCAGGCAGAACUGACAACGAAGCCACCAGGCCAGCAGCAGAAGUACCCUGCCCACUGCACUGGGAAUACAAUAUCACAUCUCCUGGAGUACUACUGUGACCCAGAGAAGUGCCAUGGCACCCUAGUGGUACUACUGAGACUACUGGCAUGUAUCACUCCCACGGUGCCACGGACUCUGGGUGACCUCUUUGGGUUCUAUUACUAUAUAGUCUACAUUGGGGCACGCCAGUCAUGGAAUUUCACAGCAAAAAGUGUAUGGAGUAAACUAAGGGAUGAGGUAGAAAAUGUUGGUCUCGGAAUGGUAAAGAAGGGUGAAACCCUGGUCACGGCACUGGAUAAGUUCAGUGGUACUACCGCUGAGUCGAACGGUACUAAUGGCACUCUCAGUUGUCUCUCAGGGUGCUCUACCGGCAGUCCAUACCUCUCUCCUCUGAGUGGCCAGCAGUAUGGCCAGUUGAGUCCCUUGAUGGCCGGGACCUACCUGUCAUGGUUGGUCUAUUUGAUUGAAAAGUUUGAGAAAGGACUAGAGGGGUUGAAAGAGGAGUUCAAGAAGGUGGAUUGUAGAGGUGAUGGGUGUGGUAGAGGUAAGGCAGGAGCUGUUGGAUGUGGAGAGUCGUGUAAAGCAGGAAGUCACGGUAUGCCAUGCAGUGGUGGUGGUGGUGGCGGAGUCUGUCAGUGUACCUCUGUCGUAUCAUGUACCGGGGUACUGCCGGUGUUGUACAAGUAUGGCUUUGGGUAUGGUAAUGUAACGGAGUUGCACGACGCUGGAGGUGGUGAACCUAAGAAGUGUCACGAUUUCCUGGAGACCUUGAAGGGAGUCCUAGGCGGUGAGCAAUUGGACAGCGCCAAAAAAGGCCUCCACCACGAAAUAAACCAGCUCAUCUACACCACCAGGCUCCCCUGGAUCUUUGUACUGACCUUGGCGUGGCUAGUAGCGGUACUGUACCUUGCCUUUGGUGCCAUAUGGCCACUGGACUGGACACAUAUGAGGUCGCAUUGUAGGGGAUGGUUCAGGAAGGGCAGUCUGAGCCCAUGGGAGGUACUGAUGGUGGGAAAGAAGAAGGGAAGGGGGAUAUUGGAGUUUUUUGGUGGGAAGUAAUUGACAGGGGGUACUCUAACAGUACUCCGUAGUAUUACACACUACUCGAAGGGGAUCAGACAGGGUCAAUGUUUUGUUAGAGCUACGUCACUGUAAUGCGUUAGUUAGUAUCAGGGUUGUGAAUAGGUUUAAUGAAUAUCGAUGCUGUAGUUGAUCCGUGAUACAUCUCAGGGAUAAGUACAGUGGAGAUGGUGUCUAGGGGAGUUAAUCACUAGGAGAGUGAUUCAAUAGCACCCUUCAUGACCUAGCAGUCAUCGUUAUCCUGGUUAUCAUAUCUGCAGAUGGAAUGACAACCCAUAGACCCUAUUAUAACAAAUUGCAACACUCAGCUAUAAAAGAGUGCCUGUAAUGAUUAAAUGGAAUGUAGGAAUUAAUUCUAAAGAAAUCACCAACACUACUGGAAGAGUGCCAAGGAGGUACUAUACAUUAACCGCUAUCUUCCAUAUGGGCCACUGUCGACUGAGUGAUUUAUCAUCUUGUGGUCGUUAAUUAGACCUCACCCGAAGAAGAUGUUAACGUGAAUCUCUAACCUAGACUCUUGGUUAUACCGUUAGAUACACUCUCACUACUGCACUAAUGAUCUACC